CCCUCUUCACUCCCAAGUCCGAAGCCGAAGCCUUGUCUCACAAAAAGGCAGAAGUUGUUUCUCCUUGGGUUCAUAUGGAAAGAGAGAGAAGCCACAACAACCCCUUGCAGUUGAUGUCUUUGAACUUUGGUGCGAGUAACACGCCACAAGAUGAUCAGAACCAAAAGAUGAUCAUGGGAACUGGAAGCAGUGAGAACCAAAAUGAUCCAUUUGCAGUACCUUGGAUGGUUCAGUCCUCAAUGCCGGCUCAAAAUUGUGUCAACUUUCUAGCAGAAAGUUCGGCAUAUCUGCCAAAAUCUCCUUAUGAAGACAUGCUGGAGAGGAUUUCAUUGUCUGUUAAUGGCAUACAUGCUGCUGAUGGUGGGGUAUCUGAAUUCCAAAGAGAUUUGUUAUAUGGCAGCAGUCUUGGAAAAGCUUCUGGUUCUAAAUCAAUUGAUUUCUCUAUGGACAUGGAUCCCUGGAAGCAUCAUACUUCAUGGACAGAUACUAUCACUGGGGCUAGUUUUGAUGAUGUUUCUCAAGUUGAUCAAAAGUUAACAUUGGCUGCACCUGGUUUUCCUUCACGGCCACGUCAAAGUGCUAAAGGACAGAAAACUCUUGUAACUGAUCGUCAGGCUCGCAGAAUCCGAAUUGCUGAAAGACUCACUGAGCUGGAAAAACUGCUUCCACAUUCUGUAGAGGGUGGUCAAGAGUUUGUACUGGAUGAUGUCAUUGACCAUAUCAAGUUUUUGCAGCUUCAAAUAAAGGAUCUAAGUAGAAGCAGAUUGGGAGGUGAAGCAGUUGCUGAACCUAUGAUUUUCCGCGAGGGAUAUGGUCACUACUUCUUACACCAGCAGAUGCUGAGUGAACCUCUUGAAGAGAUGAUCGGAAAGUUGCUGGAGACAAAUCCGGUGGCAGCAGACCAGCUGUUAAGGGACAAGGGUCUCUCUUUGGUGCCUCUGGGAUGGACUACGAAGUUAUUCUGAGCCACAUAGAUGCUUGGUGGACUCAUUCGCAUAUUUUAGUUCUGGUUUUGUCAUAUAUUUACUUAAUGUUCAUGGUUUCCACCAGUUAAUUUCUUGAACAAUCUCAGCUUCUAACCUUUAGGGAAAUCAUUUACUUGGUUUGCUAUUCGGAGUUUUUAGUCUUUGACAAUCGGCACUUUUGAUUAUAUUACUGCAAGCGACUCCUUACUAUC